GAUACGCACCCAUAACCCCCAAUGAAGCGAAGUGGCAUCAGCAAAGCAGAAUGUGUGUGGCGAGAUGUGUUGAUGACUGAAGAUUGUAUUGUAUGAGCAUGAGCAUGAGUAUGACGACUGGCGUUAUGUUUAUCACGGCAAUGCCCUUGUAUUGGUACAUGGGACAAGAGCAUAAUGUCUCGGCGUUUUGGAUCAUUAUUUUGGACGGUUGGUACACGAGUAUGUAUAACUCAGUAACUAAUCCUGUCAGAGUCAGGCCUCGGCAGGUUGUUUUUGUUAGGUAUGGUAUAAGGUAUAUUGAUCUGACAACGAUCAGAGGUAUAGGCAUCAAAGGACAAAUUUAUCGAAGGCAUGGAACAGCAACACCGGUAAGGCUAAGAUGAAGGGAAAUUGUCCUUCUAUUUAACAUUGCUCAAGAUUGUGAGCAUAUUUCAACUUAAUAGCAAAAAAGCGAUUGCAGUAUCACUGUAGUAUUGUUCAUCUAUUCCCAACG